GUCAAAAUCAAGCUUGGACGACAAUGGAUGAAUAAAAUAGAUGGUCUAUGUAAGAAUUUCGAUGGAAAUCAGACUAACGAUUGUACAGUUGCGUCAGGUUCUGAUAUCACUACACAGCCAAACAAGGGCACGUUGCUAGGAGACAGUUAUCAGGUGUUCGAUCCAGAAGAGCCGAUGUGUAAGAGUAGUUUGGUGGAUGAUCUGCCAAACCAGUGUAAGGAUGACAAAACAUUGGAAGAAGCCAAAGUUGCAUGUGAACUUGUAGUUGACCAUGAAGGUCCAUUUGCUGAUUGUGUAAAAAGAAUGUCACGGGGAUUUUUACAGAAUUUUUUAGAAGAUUGUAAUGUAG